AUGGGGCGCGGGGCUCCGCUCGCACCGAGCCUGCUGCGGGCGGCGCUGCUGCUCGCCCUGUGCCCCGCCGCCGGCAGCACCUGGAUGUGGCUGGGCAUCGCGGCCGCCGGCGGGCCCGAGAGGCCGGGCUGCGCCAGCCCUCCGCUGAGCCGCCGGCAGCAGGAGCUGUGCGAGCAGAAGCCGGAGCUGAUGCCCGCGGUCCGGGAGGGAGCGCGCCUGGGGCUGCAGGAGUGCCGCAGCCAGUUCCGACACGAGCGCUGGGACUGCCGCUCGCCGCCCGCCGCCCAGCGCGGCACCGCCGGCACCGGGCAGCAGCUCGGCAGCGGCACGAAGGAGACGGCGUUCGUGUCGGCGGUGACAGCGGCGGGGCUGGUGCACUCGGUGACACGCUCCUGCAGCGCGGGGAACGUGACCGAGUGCUCCUGCGAUGUCACCCUGCGGCACGGCGGCUCCGCCAGCGAGGGCUGGCACUGGGGCGGCUGCUCGGACGACAUCCACUACGGAAUGUCCUUCAGCAGGACGUUCCUGGACGCGCCUCUGAGGAACGCGACGGGCAGGAGCGGGCUGGUGGCCGUGGACCUGCACAACAACGAGGCCGGCAGGCAGGCUGUAGCAAAGCUGAUGUCUGUGGAUUGCCGUUGUCACGGUGUUUCUGGGUCCUGUGCUGUGAAAACUUGUUGGAAAACCAUGUCAUCCUUUGAAAAGAUUGGCCGGUUUUUAAAGGAGAAGUAUGAAAACAGCAUACAAAUAUCAGACAGACUGAAAAAAAAGGUAAGCAGGAAAGAGAAAAGCCAGAGAAAAAUACCAAUUGGGAAGGAGGACCUGCUGUAUGUGAACAAAUCACCCAAUUACUGCGUUGAAGACCAAAAACUGGGGAUCCCUGGCACUCAGGGCAGGGAGUGCAACCGCACGUCGCAGGGCCCCGAGGGCUGCAACCUGCUGUGCUGCGGGCGCGGGUACAACACGCACGUCGUGCGGCACGUGGAGCGCUGCGAGUGCAAGUUCGUCUGGUGCUGCUACGUGCGCUGCAGGAGGUGCGAGACCAUGACCGACGUGCACACCUGCAAGUGAGCUGAAGUGCAGGAAACACGGCCAGAGCGGCCAGCCUGCGUGCUGCACGCAGCCCCUGCCGCGGGGCAGCAGCCACUGUCACCAUGCGGGAUUGCAGAGGGAUCGGCCUCAGGGGAACAGGUACUGCCACACCAAGGGCAGUCCAAGUGAGCCUCGACUGAAAGGAAAGCUGAGUAAACAUCAGGCUGCAUGCAGGGACAGCUUAAACACCAAAAAGGACUCCCGAUGACACAUUUGAACGUGUUACUCCAUGAGCAGAGACAGAUGCUAAACUUUUCAAGUAUUUAAUAGACACAAUGUCCUGAAGAUCCGUGUGUGGUGGAUGGGCGCAGUGGAGAAAUCUCAAGAUCUCAUUAGCCAGAGACUGAAGAGUCAAGAGAGUUUGUAAAACACAUUAGACAUAGUCCUUAUGUCUGUGCUUUUAAAACUGGGACUAGACAGUUCAUUUCUGCAGAGUUCAGAAAGACCCACAAAGAUAGGGAAAGAGUUCAGCUGUUGAGCACCAAGCAUGUGCUUUGCAGCCAUUCACAAAACUGCCUCCUGCAAAAUGUGCAGUGUGAGACUGCAGAGAGCUCAGCAGGGUCUGCCUGGAAAAGGAGGGUCAAGCUGUGCCCAGAGGAGAGAGGCAGGAGCACGGAUUGGUGAAUGUGAAUGGGGUACCAAACAGCAACCUCAGGAUUUUUAACAGGUUGUCCUUCAAACACACAAGGGACAGGCCUGAGAGGGGACAGAAAUACAGUUUGAUAUUUGAAGGAAAUAAAAGCCUCUGCAGGCAUUUCCUGAGUAUCUGAGCACACAUUGUGCGAAUCAGCUGGUUGUCACCCCACUCUUGAAUUCUAUGCAAUAAUCUGCCACAUUCAACCAUCUCACUGGUGGUUCACCAUCUUUAUAGAAAUUAACCACAUGAGAUUUAGCCCAAAGGAAUCUGCCAUAAAGCAAAGGAUUUUUUUAAAUAGAUUUUCUUUAUAGAAUCAGCAGCUAGAAUUUUUCAUUAGGUUGCAUCCUCAGUAAGUUCAAUGCACAAAAUAAUUUAUGGAUUGGCUCACACCACUAAAAUAUUUAAACUGUUAAUGAUAACACUUUCUCUGUCUCCAUAUGUUGGCCUAAUUUUAUUAUACAUCUGUGAAAGGUUGUUUAUUUUUAUGCAGUGAUUUAAUUCCUGGCUUAAAAAGCAUCAUGUGAAAGGAUUACUGUUGUUUAAUUGUGCAAAGAACUAUUUUUGAUAAGACAAGAAAGCUUAUAUUUUGUAAAUAUUUAAAUUAUGCAAGUUAUGUAAAAGGUUUCCACAACUAUUGUGAUAAGACUAUAGCCCUUGAGAUUUGUUGGUUAGGUAUUUGUUAAUAUUGUAGUAACCUUCAACUGAAUUUUGUUUGCAUGUGCUGGGGGAAAUUAGUCAGAGAACUGCAUAAAUGUUAGGGGUUUUAUCAUCAGGGUGGUUAUAACUAUUGCAGUUCAUACACACUGAUGAGAAACACUACGAUUUUCUAAAAGGUCAGUUAAUUA